UUUUCAAGUUUAAUGAUGCGCAAUGGCGUAGUGUAGAAGAAAUGGGUUUUCAGCACAUACGUCAUCAACAAAUUUCAAGGUUCCUUGCCAAACUGGGAUAGUGGCUGCUAAAAAAAUUUGACCCACGAAGCUGUUGUUUACAUGUGAGGGAUUGGAAGGAGCUUCACAUUAUGGAGAAUGACGUAGCAAUAACACUGGGUUUUCCUCAGGGAGGCACCAAAAUUGACAGAAGAACUAAAGGAGCUGAAGAUACUACAUUACUUGAGGAUUGGAAGGCAGGGUUGAAAAUGGAUGAUCUGAAUAUAACACCGAUGCAAUUGUGUAAGGCAAUGCUAGCAUACAAGGAAGGCUGGGAAUGGUUCAAGCGGCAUCUUGCACUACUUAUAACAACCAUGUUUCUUGAGAGCACUGCAACUGGAUAUGUUAACACAUAUAUGAUCAAUAACUUUGCUGAUGUGACCAAGAUUGCAGAUCUUAACUGGUGUGAGUAUGUACUCAGAUCACUAGUCGACAGCAAAGUUGCAUGGGCGAAGAAGACAUCCCAAAAGUUCACUGGACCUAUAGUAUUCUUGACAGUUUUUUAUGUUGAUAGAUUAGUGGUUUAUCGCAGAUCGGUACCUAGGACAUUCCUAGCCUUCAAGGGAUGGGACACACAUCUGCUCAACAAACGGGAAAAAGCUGAGAUAAGUUCAGGUGGCUUUGGAUAUGGAUACAUUGAUGACCCACAGGAACUGCCAUACCUGAAUGAAGAAAAGAAAUCAGAUGAAUGUGAAGAGGAACUACAGGUAACAAGUACUAAUACUAUGUCCUGUAACUAGAUUAAGUUAUAUGUACUUGAAGUUAUAUGUAUUACUGCACAUAGA